UCAGCGCCUGUCCGCGGGAGGGUGGCUGUGCUAAAGCUUUUCCGCAGUAAAGACAGCGACUCGGAAUCCCGACUGUUACAACUCCAGAAAAUCAGUAACUUUCGCAACUGCAAAAUGAGAAUGUCAUUAUUAGUGCUCAGAGGCAGUAAAUAAGACAUCUUUGGAACCAGUCUGCUAGGAUUGAACUCCAUCCUGCUCUUUACCAGCGUGGAAACGGUCCCUGUUUUAAGGGAAUGAGAAAACUGUAGAAUUAUUAAUAGUACCUGUAUGGGAAGGUAAGACAAAUAAGGAAUUGUCAUUCAGGAGGAUACAGCAGAGAACGAAACAAACUUCCCUGCCCUCUUAGUGGAUAGAACUUCUCGCAGAAAACACCAAAUGGCGGACAACGGCGGUGCAGCGGGAGGCCCGGAGGCCCCGGGGGCUUCCGUGGAGGCUUCGGCAGCCGCAUUUGCGGCUGGGGUCACGGCUGUGGUCGGGGCCAGGGCCGAGGCCGCGGAGCUCGCGGAGGCAAGGCCGAGGACAAGCCCUGGAUGCCCGUCACCAAGCUGGGCCGCCUGGUUAAGGACAUGAAGAUCAAAUCCCUGGAGGAGAUCUAUCUCUUCUCCUUGCCCAUCAAGGAGUCUGAGAUCAUUGACUUUUUCCUGGGGGCAUCUCUCAAAGAUGAGGUUUUGAAGAUUAUGCUGGUGAAAAGGCAGACCGGGCUAGCCAGCGGACCAGGUUCAAGGCGUUUGUUUCCAUCGGGGACUACAAUGGCCAAGUUGGUCUGGGUAUUAAGUGCUCCAAGAAAGUAGCCACUGCCAUCCGAGAGGCCAUCAUCCUGGCCAAGCUCUCCAUUGUUCCCGUGCGGAGAAGCUACUGGGGGAACAAGAUCGGAAAGCCCUACGCUGUUCCUUGCAAGGUGACAGGCCGCUGCAGCUGUGUGGUGGUGCGUCUCAUCCCUUCCCCUAGAGGAACUGGCAUCGUCUCAGCCCCUGUGGCCAAGAAGCUGCUGCUGAUGGCUGGCACCGAUGACUGCUACAUCUCAGCAAGGGGCUGAGAACCCGUGGUUAUCUCAACUUCUAGGAGUGUUAAGUAGGACCUUCACUGAAGGCACCCUCGGCAUUUCCAUUUCUAAGUCUGUGAUUUCACUGUUGGAACAUAGGAAGCUGCCCUGGAUGAUAGGAAAAGGAGAAAUAAGAGACCCAUUGCCAGAUGAGUCAAGUCCAGAGAUUAAGGAGUUAUCUGCAAAGAGGACUAUUAAUGAAGUAUUAUCUCAGUUUGACACAGUGAUAAAAUGUACAAGAAACAUAUGUAAGGAAUGUGGAAAUGUUUACUGCCACGAUACCCAACUUACUCUCCAUCAGAGAAAUCAUAUAAGAAAGAAAUGCAAUCAGUGUUUUCAUUGUGGGAAAUACUUCAGUCGUCGAUCAACUCUCAUUCAGCAUCAAAGAAUCCACACAGGAGAGAGACCCUAUAAAUGUAAGGAAUGUAGUAAAACCUUCGAUCAGAGAGCACACCUGACCCAGCAUGAGAGAAUUCACACGGGUGAGAAGCCCUAUAAAUGUAAAGAAUGUAGGAAAACGUUCAGCCAGAUGACUCAUCUCACUCAGCAUCAGAGUACACACACAAGAGAAAAGUUCCAUGAAUGCAAUCAGUGUGGAAAGGCCUUCAGCCGGUCCUCAGCCCUUAUGGAUCACCGGAGAAUUCACAGUGGAGAAAAACACUUUGAAUGUAAGGAAUAUGGCAGAGCCUUCACUCAAAGUGCACAGCUCAUUAGACAUCAGAAAACUCAUUCUGGAGAAAAACUGUAUGAGUGCAGUAAGUGUAAGAAAUCCUUCAUACGCCUCUCUUCCCUGAUUGAACAUCGGAGAGUUCACACUGGAGAGAAACCGUAUCAGUGUAGGGACUGCAAAAGGACCUUUAGUUGUGUCAUGCAGCUCACUCUACACAGGAGAAUUCACACUGGUGAGAAACCCUAUGAAUGUAAAGAAUGUGGAAAGGCCUUCAGCACCCACUCUUCCCUUGUUACUCAUAAGAGAACACACACUGGAGAGAAACCCUAUAAAUGCAAGGAAUGUGGAAAAGCCUUCGGUGCCCACUCUUCCCUUGUUACUCAUAAGAGAACACACAGUGGAGAGAAACCCUAUAAAUGCAAGGAAUGUGGAAAAGCCUUCAAUGCCCACUCUUCCCUUAUUACUCAUAAGAGAACACAUAGUGGAGAGAAACCCUAUAAAUUCCUUGCCUGUGGGAAGGCCUUUAAUACCUCCUCAACAUGUUGUCAACAUAAUAGAAUUCAUACAGGGGAAAAGCCCUUUGAGUGCAGUCAGUGUGGGAAGUCCUUCAGAUGCAGCUCUCCCCUUACUCGACAUUAUAGAAUGUGUAAUGGAAAAUGCUAGCAAAUAGUCAAACCUCAACUUUUAAUUCUACUUGUUCCACAUCAUUGCCAGUACUUUUUACUCUUAGUCUUUUUAAAUAAAAGCAAUUAUAGUUUGUGUGGAAUGACACCUUCAUGGCAGCUU